UUAAGAGAUUUCUUCUUCUUGUUUACUUGUUCUGAGGGACUUCUCUCUUACUAUAUCUAUAGGUUAAGGAAUAGAUUCAAUGACAUUUUAAUUCUAGCUUUUUAUUAAAUUAUCGAUUUGCAACCUCAUGGUUUAGAAAAUCUCUGUUUGUUGUAAUUAGCAUGACUGAAUGUCUCAAGAACACCUCAAGAUGAUGUAUUUCGCAACUUUUCUUGUGGUGAGCUUAGCUGUCUCACAAACACUGAGUCUGUAUACACUUUCUCCUAAGCCGGAACCCAGGAUCAAGGAAAUUGAAGAAAAUAAUGACAUCUCUGAAAUAAAUAAAGACCUGGGACUAACGGGUGGAGAUAUACUAGAACUGAAUCCCAACCAAAGGAACGCCAUACUGAAUACUGACCAGCUAUGGACAUCUCCAGUUCCCUACGUUCUUGACAACAGUCUAGACAUGAAUGCCAAAGGAGUUAUCCUACGAGCUUUAGACCAGUUCAGACUGAAGACGUGCAUUAACUUCAAGCCAAGGACCUCUGAGCUGUACUACAUAACUGUUCAGAAGUUAGGCGGAUGUUUCUCGUAUAUAGGUAGAGUAAUCGCCAACGGACAAGUGUUAUCUAUUGGAAAUGGUUGUGACGAUAUGUCAGUAGUGGAGCAUGAGUUCAUGCACGCGCUUGGCUUCUAUCAUGAGCAAGCCAGAUAUGACAGAGAUGAUUACGUGCGGAUUGUCUGGGAAAACAUAUUAAAAGGUUACGAAAGGAAUUUUGCCAAAUCAACGGUCAAUGACACCACCAACCUAGAUACUCUAUAUGACUACAACUCAGUGAUGCACUAUGGCAAAGAUUUCUUUACCAACGGCAACGGAUCCACCAUCAUCACUCUUCAGUCCGAGUUCCAGGAUGUGAUUGGCCAACGCCUGGAAAUGAGCCCCAACGACGUCCUGAAGAUAAACAGACUCUACAGCUGCAAUAAAAGUGUUGCGUUUAUGGAAUACUGCAGUUUCUCGGAGGAGGGUAUGUGUGGGGUGAGACGCUGUUCCAGGAUUGUGGAGAACAACUGGAAUAGAGUGGCGAGCGCUGUUGGGGGUCCUUCUAGUGACCACACCAACCUGGGUACCAGCAUGAAUGGGACUGGAUUGUUCAUGUACUCCAGCACAGCUUCAGGGCAGGAGGGGGACUCGGCCUGGCUGGAGAGCAGGAGGAUGACUCCCAGUAGGCUGUGCAAUGUCCAGUGUCUGCAGUUUUACUACUACCACAGUGGGAACCAGUCAGACCAGCUCAACAUCUGGAUCCGAGAAUACCAGGAUGAGAGUGACUCCAGAGGAACGCUGCGCCUCAUGGGACAGAUCACAGGUCCAGCCUCUAACCACUGGCAGCUGCACCACGUGCCUCUGAACGCCACCAAAAGCUUCCAGGUGGAGUUUGAGGUGCGUAAAGGAGCAGGAAGUUCUACCGGAGGCUUCGCCAUCGACGACAUCAACCUGUCAGAGACCGAGUGUCCCCAUCUGACCUGGCAGAUCAGGAACUUUGAGAACCGUCUAACAACUAGCAGCCUUGGCACUUUUCUGUACAGCCCUCGACUGUACUCUAGUGAAGGAUAUGCGUACCAGAUAGUGGUUAUAUUAUCCAGGAGUUAUUUUGGCACAGCUGUCCGACUGGUGUCUGGUCAGCAUGACGACCAGCUCCAGUGGCCUUGUCCCUGGAGGCAGGUGACCUUCCAGGCUCUGGACCAGAACCCUCAGAUCCAGCUGCAGAUGUCCAAUAGGUUUAGCCUCACCACUGACCCUACAGAGACUGAGGGGGUUAAUGCAACCUUCGUAUGGGACAACCCACGUAAGGUUGGAACACUUUACACUGACGAGAACAAUGAGCAGUUCUAUGGAAACAGUCUGUUUGGAAGAGCAUUCUUCAGCAGGCUGAUUGACAUGAAAACCCAAAACUUCCUCAAGGGCGGCGAUGCCAUCAUCCUUGCAUCCUUCCAAGACAUCUCCCCUCUCCUCCAGAACAAUUCUCUUCCGUGCCCUACACUCCCACCUGUGACGUUUAGCAGCCAGACACCACAGGACCUGGACGAGGGUACAUGUGCCACACGGUUCAUUAACACCACCACUCUGCCCCCUACAACCAUUAAGACCGCUCUGCCCCCUACAACCAUUAAGACCGCUCUGCCCCCAACAACCAUUAAGACCACUCUGCCCCCAACAACCAUUAAGACCGCUCUGCCCCCAACAACCAUUGAGACCGCUCUGCCCCCAACAACAACUGAGGAAGAUACCAGUAUCUUUGGCUUCUCUCCUGGUGUGGCGUCUUCCCCUGUGCUGCUGCUACUGACUCUCCUGUUUCUGCUGACUCACUGAUGCGUGUGCCCCGCCACCUCACGGCAUGGAUCACUGACCUGCAACAGAUAACCUGUUACUUUUGACUAAUGGACAACAGAUAACCUGUUACCUUUGACUAAUGCCCUAGGCUAAUGGACCUGCAACAGAUAACCUGUUACCUUUGACUAAUGCCCUAGGCUAAUGGACCUGCAACAGAUAACCUGUUACCUUUGACUAAUGCCCUAGGCUAAUGGACUAGAGUGAAGUUGUGCAUCGUAUAUACAGUUGUAUUGUCCUUAAUGCUUUAUUAUUAUUCAUGAUGAUUAUACUCAUUGACAUCCUUAGAUUUUUUGGAUUAACUGCUAUUAUAAAUGCCUUAUUAGCCGCUUUUAACAUUCUCUUUUUGGAGCAUUUUGUUUCAAUUUGUAUUAAAUAUUAUGAUUGAAAUUCAAAUAAAUGGUUGCAUUAACAGAAA